AUGGUUCCACAUUUCCUUUUUUUCUUCUACUUACCUGUUUUGUUCCUUAGACGUCGAGUGGUGGCUUCUGAUUCGGAUGCAAGUGAAGGACAAGAAUCCAAUAAAGAUGAAGACGCAAAAUCUGAUGUAGACGACGAAGAAGAUGAGAUUGUUAUCAAGAGGCCGAAAUCGAAGAAAAGAAGGGUAGACAAUCAGGCAGAUAUUGCACAUUCUGUUACUGCUGCGGCGGAGGAUUCUGACGACAGUGAUCAGGCAGUCGAAAAGAGAAGGAGUGGCAAAGGAAGUAGAGCCACGAAAACAAUUAUGGGUAAAGAUAAGUUGCAACAAGAGACACUGGACGCUGAGAAAGCCGAAAAGGAACGCCGAAAACGUCUGGAACAGAAACAGAGAGAAUUUAAUGGAAUCGAGCUUGUAGAAGGUGUAGAUAUUGCAGCAGCGCUUGUAGACGGUUCUAAAACAGUACAGAAAUUGAAGUCUGUGGUCGUCGAUCCCGAUAAAAACGGCGAUCCUCCUAUUCCGGUCUCCGUUCACCCUUCGCUGGUGCGCGUACUAAAGCCUCAUCAAGCUCAAGGUAUUCAAUUCAUGUAUGACAGUGCCUUUGAGUCCAUCGACAGGUUGGAGGAACAAGGCGGUGGAGGCAUCUUGGCCCAUUGUAUGGGUCUGGGUAAAACGUUACAGGUCAUCGCUUUUCUUCACACCGUAAUGCUGCAUCCCAAAACCCAAAAAUAUGCUAAAAGAGUUUUGGUGGUUGUUCCUAAGAAUGUCGUGAUAAAUUGGUACAAGGAGUUCCAAAAGUGGUUGGAAGACAAUGAUCCAGAGCUGGCUCUCAUUGAGGUUCUUGAACUUGAUUCCUUCAAAACAUACAAUGAUAGGCAUGCUGCGCUAGAAAACUGGUAUAACUGUGAGGGUAGGUGGAUAUCUUUUCGAGGUGAUUUUCAUGACCACUUUCAGUUCCUUCUAAACGUGCUCAACCGAAAAAACCGCCGUCUAAGAGGAACAAGCGAGAGUUUUUACAGGAUCCAGGUGAGAAGGAAGAGGAACAGCCCAGAUUUGGUUGUAUGCGAUGAAGCUCAUAAAUUGAAAAACGACGAGUCUGCACUAUCGAGGACGAUGGUUAAAAUCCGCACAAAACGACGAAUUUGCCUUACCGGAACUCCACUCCAGAAUAAUCUGAUGGAAUAUCACUGCAUGGUGAAUUUCGUGAAGCCCGGAUUACUUGGUACAAAGACAGAGUUUGCUAAUCGUUUUGCAAAUAUCAUUAUGCGGGGUCGGCUCAAAGAUGCAACACCUUUGGAAGUGAAAUUUAUGAAAAGAAGAUGUCACGUCCUGUUCGAGCAUCUCAAGAAAUGUGUUGACCGCAAGGAUUAUCGAGUGUUGAUGGAAGCUAUCCCACCAAAGCAAGAAUAUGUAAUAAAUGUUCGACUGACCCCGAGGCAAUGCGAGCUAUACAGAGCAUUUUUGGCUGGUGUGGCUAAUGACGAUGCUAGAUUAUCAAAAAGGCUUCUGCCAGAUUACCACGUACUCGCACGCGUAUGGACGCAUCCGUAUAUGCUUAUUCUUCAUGAGGAGAAGCAAGAAAGAGAGCGCAUUCUUCGCGAAGAGCUUUCGGAGGAGGAGAACUUCAUUGACGACGGCGACGACGAAGACUCACUUUCUGGUUCUGAAUCGGGUGAUGACAACGACGAUGAUGAAGUUGUUGUAACGAAUUCAUCCAAGAAAAAGAAAAAAGGAAAGGUGGAAGCGGAGGGCAGCGACAUGAGUUUUAGUUCGUCAGAUGACGAAACUCACUCUAAUCACGAAAAUAAUCAAACGAAUAGAACAAGAAAAUCGAGGCGAUUGGUUGGAGAAGACCCAGAAAUGGAAGGUCGGGAUAUGGAGACACCGCCAGAGUACAGUGGAUGGUUUGCCCAGUCCGGUCUUGUUUCUCCAGCUGAUAGAGACGAUUACACGCUCAGCAACAAGCUGGUUCUCCUCUUUCAGAUAAUGAAGAAGUGUGAAGAAAUUGGCGAUAAGCUACUGGUCUUCUCUCAGUCGCUUGAGUCCUUGAGCCUUAUAAAAAGGAUGUUGGAGUUCCUCGAUCAAACAGGGCAGUGGUUCUCCGAUGGUCAUGAGGCCGUGAAAGCCGAUGGCGAGAAAUGGGGAUGGAAAGAGGGUAAGGAUUACAUGGUAAUUGACGGGUCUGUACAGUCUGGCAAAAGGGAUUCGGUGCAAAUGAAGUUCAAUAACCCUAGGAAUUUGCGUGCUCGAUUAAUGUUGAUUUCCACAAGAGCUGGCUCCCUUGGAACCAAUAUGGUUGCUGCAAACCGUGUCAUAAUAUUUGACGCGUGUUGGAAUCCUUCGCAUGAUACACAAUCGCUUUUCCGUGUCUAUCGAUUUGGUCAGACAAAGCCGGUGUAUAUCUAUCGAUUCAUAGCUCAGGGUACAAUGGAGGAACGAAUCUACAAGCGCCAAGUGACAAAAGAGUCUACCUCUAUGAGAGUAGUAGACGAAGAUCGACUAUUGGCCGAAAUUUUGCUGACCAAGAAGGAUGCUGUUGUUGACUACUUCCAACAUGAUACUCUGUUUGCUCACGUUGAAGAAGAAAAGCUUUCAGAAGAAGAAUUGAGGGAAGCAUGGAAUGAUUAUGAGCGUGAUAAGGUUGGUGUUGAUAGGGUUGCUAAGCUUCGCGGUGUUCCAGUGCUUGGUGUUCCUGUAGGUGGUUUGGGAGUUAGUCAAAUUGGAUUAUUACAGCAAGCACAGCAGCAGAUUCUGAGAACUCAGGUUACAUAUCUGAAAAAAGCUCUGGAAGAUUUGUUGCCACAGAUUCCUUACGAGAUGCGAGGCGGUAUUUCGGAAUUUAAUUCGCACUUUGUUAAUUUUAUUACGGUAAUCAAUUUGUUACCUCUACCUAAUUCCCUGUCGACGUUCCGAACUGUGGUGAAAUUGGUGAAAGAUCAGCCAAGCUGUAAGCAGGUCCUCCGUCAUCUUAUUCCUCUUCUAUAUUACAACCUCAUGGCAUCAUAG